AUGGUCAAACGAGUACUGGUAGCGUAUUGCGUGGACGUCGAUGCUUGUGCUGGAUGGCUCAACACUAAAGACGGCCAGUUGGCGAAUGCCAGUGAUGUGUCGCGUGGGGUCUUCGGUGCGAAUGCUGGUACAGAUCGCAUGCUCAAGCUGUUCAAAGACAAUAACAUCUUGGCCUCAUGGUACAUGCCAAGUCAUUCGAUCCUGUCUUUCCCCACCCAGAUGGCCAAGGUGCGGGAUGCUGGACAUGAAAUCGGUCUUCAUGGAUACACUCACGAAUUCGUAUCUCGACUGACUGAAGAUCAAGAACGCAAAGUGAUGGCCAAAUCGAUCAAGGUGUACAAAGAGUUCACCGGCAAGCAUCCCAAGGGCUGGGUGGCGCCAGCUUGGGAGAUUUCCCCUCGGAGUAUGCAGAUCCUGCAAGCCUUUGGGAUCGAAUAUGAUCAUUCUAUGAUGCAUCAUGAUUGCCAACCAUACUACGUCUCUGAUAUGCCUCCAAAUACUGUGCAUACAGAUUACUCGAAGGAUCCCGACGAGUGGAUGAUUCCCAUGCCGAAACAUACUUUGACGAAUGUGGUUGAGAUACCGGGAUCAUGGAAUGUGGAUGACUGGCCCCCUAUGCACUUCUCUUCCCGUAAUCCAGGUACUCAUGGCUUCAUAAAUCCUCGCGACAUCGAGGUCCAGUGGAGGGAUCAAUUCGACUUUUUCUAUCGGGAGUACGAUUCUUUCGUCUUCACCAUCAGUUGCCAUCCUCAGGUCAGCGGACGUUCCAAUAUUCAGUUGAUGCAUGAGCGCUUGAUAGCACAUUUGAAGAGCCACGAGGGAGUUGAGUUCAUGACUGUGGCCCAGAUCUGUGAUGAAUUUAAGGCGGGAAAGAUUGCCGGCGUGACAAUUAGUGCGGGAGUCUGA